UCCUGCAGACCAACACAACAGUGACUAUACUGGACCUGGAAUACGAUGGGAUCGAUACUGAAGGAGUGCAGUACCUGAUGGAAAUGUUAGCCGAGAACUGCUUCAUCCAGACUCUGAACUUGUCCAACAAUGAGCUGCGAACACAGGGAGCAGAAGUGUUGUGCAGAAUGCUUCCACUGAACAUCUCCCUCAAGUGCAUCAAACUAGCAGGAAACAAAUUGAUUAACAGUGAUGCUGCAUUUUUUGAUGACGUUUUAUCAUCGAAUUUCAGAAUUUCCGAGCUGGAUCUUAGUUACAAUGAGUUUGGAAAUAAAGGAGCAGAAUUCUUGGGACACAUGUUAGCAAACAAUGAAAGUUUGGAAAGAUUGAACCUGAGCUGGAACCAAAUCCAAACACAGGGGGCGGUGGCUUUAAGCGCAGGAUUACGGAUCAACAUCACCUUGAAGGUCCUCGAUCUUUCCUGUAAUGGGUUUGGAAAUGAAGGCGCGUUGGCCAUAGGAGAGACGUUGAAGUACAACAACACUCUACUUGAGCUCAACCUCAGCACCAACCACAUCAACAAUGAGGGCGUUUCCAAUCUCUGUAAAGGACUGGAUGUCAACGACAAUGUUAAGUUCCUGUAUCUGAAUAACAACCCUAUAACCGUGGAGGGUGCCCUCCGUCUUUUAGAGGUCAUGCAGAAGAAUGAAAAGACAAACCUGGAGAAGAUCAGCAUUCAAAACGUACUGGUGAAUGAAAACUUCAUGGAACUGCUGAAAGGCAUUACUAAUAAUCGUCCUCAGUUUCAGAUUGAAAUUAGAGGGGUUGGUGGCUUUGUGUCUGGAGGGAGGACACACCGACUUGAUCCAAUGAAGGUGAUCCAGGAUUACCUCGAUAAGCGUAAACUCCGACUCUCCGAUUUCUUCCGAAACAUGGACAAAGCAGGAAAUAUGAGCGUGCCAGUCUCUGACUUCCGAAGAGCUUUACAGCAAUUCAACAUUCCAUUGGACCUCAUUCAGGUUGAGGAACUAAUCAACAAACUUGAUAAGGAAAAUACUGGAGCAAUUGACUACAGGAAGCUGGUCGACACCAGGAAUCAAAUGAUCCAAGCGCAUCGGGAGCAACUCCGCAAGGAGGAAACCAGGCAGAGGAACGAGAAACAGAAGACACAGCGGGUGCUGAAAACAUUCAGAAGUGCAAUAAAGGCCAUCACUCCCCGUGGUUCCACUGUCAUCUCAUCCAGUCAGGUUAAGCUGCCAGACAUCCAUCCGCUCAAGUCUUCUAGCUCCCGGCACUUGUCUGCCACACCGCUGAGUUUGUGGCACCGUGUGGUGGUCUCAAGUAGCACUCGGCACUCAGCACCAACCCUGAGCAGUGUUCAGGUGCACCGCCAGUUGAGCUAUUCCAGUAAAACCCCCUUGGUUCCUGCCGCCAGGUUGGGUUCUUCCCCUUGGACGCACUCGACUUCACAGCCCAAAAUGGUGCCCAAAUCACGCGUGCAUUCUCUGUCAUGUCCUAGUGUGAUCUCCAACGCGGAGAGAGCCCCUGUGAGCAGGUCUAGCCCAGCUACUUCCUUGCACAUCCUACAAGCCACACCAUUAAGGGAAAUGAAGACUAAGAACUAG